GGAAAUCCCUCUUUCCCGUAGAGUUCCUGAAGUGGGGGCGGUGCAUAACAAAAAAGUAAUGGCCAUCUAUUUGGGUCCUGAAGAAGGAGGGGUAUUUCUCGUCGGACUACCGUAGGUGUGAUUGAGUUUUCUUCAUGUUAGUGCGUACGUUUGUCCGUCCGUGAUACUCAGUGGCGCCUCGGUCGUUUUUUUUUCCACGCUCGCAAAAACGGUUAACGUGAAGACGGUGGCUGAACUUGGUGUCGCGUUUUAGGGUUAAAGCGGCCAGCUAGCCACGCUAACGUUAGCUACUACCAGCGCCGCCGUGUGAGCAGACGUCGGGUGUUCGAGUUUGACGUUUUUCCUUAAGUCUCCUCACAUUUCUGAGUUUAGUACAACGCGGUCCUCUCUCCAUAAAGCUACCCUACCUAGUCAACAUGGAGGGCAAACACUUUGCGCGAGAAUGAAGACGACGAGAGACGGCGACUAAAGAGGAUUAAAAGCAACUCGGUCUUGAUGGGGAAAAGUUGAGCUGAGGAUUACUGGUAACAAGUUGGGAUAAACUGAGGAAAGGUUUCAAGUCGUUCCUGUUUUACAAGGGCAUGCUAAAACCUCAGACCCAGCUCUCUGUGCAGCCCGGGUGCAGCCAUUCCAGAUCUGAUUUGUUUUAUGUCUCUUCUGUACUCAAAGUGACCCAGCCCGAGUGAUGGAGUCCACGGUUGUGAGUACGUCCACUCUGGCCCCUGAUGAGUUCGACAGGAAUGUGCCACGGAUCUGCGGUGUGUGCGGCGACAAAGCUACUGGCUUCCACUUCAAUGCUAUGACCUGUGAGGGCUGCAAGGGUUUUUUCAGGCGCAGCAUGAAGCGUAAGGCCGCCUUCACGUGUCCCUUUAACGGCAGUUGCACCAUCACCAAGGACAACAGGCGCCAUUGCCAGGCAUGCCGGCUCAAACGCUGUGUGGACAUUGGCAUGAUGAAAGAGUUCAUUCUGACAGAUGAGGAAGUGCAGAGGAAGAAGGACCUGAUUCAACGGAGGAAGGAUGAGGAGGCACAGCGCGAGGCGGAGAGGGAGGCGCGACGACCCCGGCUUACCGAAGAGCAGAGUCAAGUCAUCGCCACUCUGGUGGAGGCGCACCACAAAACAUAUGACGACUCCUACUCUGACUUCUGCCGCUUCAGGCCUCCUGUGCGCGAAGGCCCAGUGACGCGUAGCGCCAGCAGAGCUGCCUCCCUCCACUCUUUGUCUGAUGCCUCCUCUGACUCCUUCAGUCACUCUCCAGAGUCAGUAGACACCAAAAUGAACUUCAACAACCUGCUGAUGAUGUACCACGAGCAGGGCAGCAGCCCUGACUCCAGGGAGGAGGAGGCCUCCAGCUUCUCCAUGCUGCCCCACCUGGCUGACCUGGUUUCCUAUAGUAUCCAGAAGGUCAUUGGCUUUGCCAAGAUGAUCCCCGGGUUCAGGGAGCUGACCGCGGAGGAUCAGAUUGCUCUGCUCAAGUCAAGCGCCAUUGAGGUGAUCAUGCUGCGCUCAAACCAGAGCUUCAACCUGGAAGACAUGUCCUGGAGCUGUGGCGGGCCUGACUUCAAAUACCAGAUCAGUGAUGUCACCAAAGCGGGCCACACUCUGGAGCUGUUGGAGCCGCUGGUGAAGUUCCAGGUGGGUUUGAAGAAGCUCAACCUGCGAGAGGAGGAACAUGUGCUGCUGAUGGCCAUCUGCUUGCUUUCUCCAGACCGCCCAGGUGUGCAGGAUCAUGCACGAAUCGAGGCCCUCCAAGACCGACUGUCAGAGACUCUGCAGGCCUACAUCCAGCUUCACCGCCCAGGAGGACGGCUUCUUUACGCCAAGAUGAUUCAGAAGCUGGCUGACUUGCGCAGCCUCAACGAGGAGCACUCCAAACAGUACCGCUCGCUCUCCUUCCAGCCGGAGCACAGCAUGCAGCUCACCCCGCUCGUGCUGGAGGUAUUCGGCAGUGAAGUCUCCUAGAGGCUGCCUCUGAACCUCGGUGGUGGAGAGGAAGCUAGAGACAAAAAAGAUGGAGGGAGAGAGACGAGGAUGUGCUAUGUGGACUAAAUGGAGGUGUGGAGCAUGAAGCUAACAGAGAAAAUGGUGGGGUGUGUGUGUGUGUGUGUGUCUGUAUAUGUGUUUGUGUGAGUGCAUGUGUUGGGCGUACGGUUUCAUGUGUGUCUUGUCUAAAGAAGUCUAUCUCGACAUAAAGGCCAAGGUUGUAUGGAGAGCAAGCAGAUGCUAAGAGAGAUAAAAAACAAGGAAAUUUAACAAACAAAUCAAACUAUACAUACAACUUCUGCCUAUAUUCAGUGUUUUGUCUGUAUUUAAAUCAACCAACAGCUGCUUUAAAUGUCUGGACAUCUUGUGUGUGUACAUGAGGCACACACACCAACACAACAAGCAUACUCAGUUAUUCAUUUAGCCAUUCAGUUAAGCUACCUCUUGGUUUUACUGGGGUUGUGUUAUUUUUACAUCACCUUUGUGAAACAGUCACUUUUACACAGCACAAUUCAGAUACAGUGGGAACGACAUUUCAGUUCGUCGGUGCAAAAGCAGUGCCUGCACAUCACUUUGAACUUUUUGAUUUUUUUUUUUUUUUUUUUUUUCCAGAAAACUUUUUGUUUUGUUUUCCAUCUGCUUCUCUCCAAGGCAGCAUAUGUUUCUGACUGUGUGUACAAAUCAAACACAUGCCUUUCACCUUUCACCAAAGGUAUGGUCAACUAUUUUGUCAAAAAGCUUCCAGUACCUAAAAAUAACCUUGCUGCUCCAUGACUCGCUUUCACACGUGCUAGUAGGUUGUCCGACUGGCCUCACAGCCUAUGAAGGAAAAUGUCAUUGUUUAGGUUUACUGCGUAGUACAGAACAUAGCCUGUCAUUUUAGUGAGGUUUUGAUUGGACUUUUGGGUGCCUGCUUUUGAGGUGAGAAUUAGCCACUAAAUGUGUUGGUUACUUUUAUACUGCUAACUGUCAAUCAACUCAAGCCUGCAUUAUGGCUUGUUACUCUCUUUUGAAAUUGUUUCUCUUUAUUCUUCUCUUUUGUUUAAUUGUUUAUGUCCCUGUAAAUAGUCAAUUACUACCACAUGUAUCCUAAGCACUGUUAUACCACCUUUUACUCAAGCCUAUGUAUUGAUAUACAGCAUCUAUAUUAUUACAGAUUUCAAAGGGCUAAGAUGCCAAAUCUAACUGGAAUAGUAAUUGGAGGCCAAAGCAAGGGGCCUGUCUGGUUAAUAUAUAGCUGCAUACCAUACUUGUGGAUGUAAUUUCAAUGGACGAUUUUUCUUUUAUACGUCCGUUCACCUUUAAAAACAAUUCCAUGAAUUGUUUCUCCUCAGUAUACCGUGAGCUCAGUGGGCGGAGAGCUUGAGAAGCUGCUUCAGACCUCCACAGAUUUCACACCCCUUUCAUUUCUGACAGGGAAGUGGAUUUUCUAGAAUGUCUGACGGGCCUGGUUUUGGUGGUGGUGCGCACCUCCACAGCCAGGCCCUCCUGUUUGAUGAUGUAUGCUGCGCAGCCCUCUAGUGGCUGCAUUCUGUAAAUACCAGGUAUAUAUAUAUAUAUAUAUAUAUAUAUACACACACACACCCAGUAUAUAUAAUAUGUCCGCCGCUGUAUAUAGGGCUACAUAGAUAUUUCUCAAGCCUAAGUUUUUCAGAAAUAUAUAUGCAAAUACAAUAUUUACCACCCCCCCUUUUUGUUCAUUAUCACUCUGUUCUGAGACACUAUGCUCUUUGUUUUGGCUUUGAGCAUGUUUUGUUUUGUUUAAGGAUGAAUUAGGAUUGGCUUAAACAGGGAUUGCUUGUGUAUUUGACUCAGUCAUAUUAUUUUUGUUUAACAGUGGGUUGAUGUAUUUACCUAAUUUUCAAGAUUCAUUUUCCAGAAAGAGGACAUGCUAAACAUACCAUGCUGCUCUCUAAUAUAAGCCAUAUAGAACACCAAGCUAGUUGUACACCUGUAUACAGUACAUCGAAAUGAGGACUCCUGAGCCAUGGAUACUCUCUUUAUAUAAUCUCCUAAACUCUCAUAUGCUAUCUAUCCAUGGCUACUGGAAGAUAAAGCUUGUAUAUGAUAGGAACUCCUAUGCCUUCUCUCUGCUGUCAUCUUUGGCUUAUGCUUCAUCAGACAGCAUCUAAUGGCUUACAAACCAAACUACCAAGAGAAUUCAAACACUUAGGUUUAGAGGCCAGUAAUGUAUGGCUUGCUGCAUGUGGUGGGAUUAUGGUAAAGGAAUCUGAGAUGACAUGUCUUUUAUAUCAAGACAAUUCCCCAAAGAUGUCAAAUUCCUGCCAAGUUAUGAAGAUACCACUCGGGGCAACUUGGCUUAGAGGAAAUCAUUUACAGACGUGAUAGUCUCGAAACGUUUUUGUCUUCUAUUUGCUAUAUGACAGAAGACAGCCAUAAAAACAGUUCCUGUGACUGGCCAUAUGCAGGCAACCUAUUUCAGACCAAGAGCCUCCUUCAUCUCUGCAAACCAGGGGUUACUAUGUGAUCUUAGAGGAAGAUAGUGAGAGAGAGAGAGCGCAUAUGUUUGUUUUUGAGCCUGACAUGUUCUCACACCUGCUCUGUGAGAAGUUGUGACGGUUGUUGCUUUAAUUUUGUUCAGCCCGCGUUUUUUAUUUUUUAAACCGACCAUAGGAUCUCAAGUCCACUCUCUGUCACUGUGGCUUUUUUCCAACUCGUCUUCAUUCACUGUGACACGCUGCAAGCUGAGAGUCGGGGAUGGACAGAUAGGUAAAUAGCACAGAUAGUUAAAUAGCUUUAGGAUGUUUCCAUAUUUACAUUAUCAUAAUAAGCUUGGUUUUCUUCAUGAAAAUCAUUGGGAUUAUUUAGUGUGUAUACACACGCACACACAUAUAUAUAUAUAUAUAAAAUAACGUGUCCCGCUAAUCUCCCUAUCUCCCUGCUGUGACUGAACUUCAAGGAGUUGAGGCUCGAGUGUCUUUAGGCAGUACCACUCAUAUGUAUAGUAUGUCAGUUUGAUGAGGGGUAUGAUGUGCUUGGUUACUGAACACUGACUUUUGAAGUUUUGGAAAGUCUCCAUGUUGAUUUUCUCUGAAUACAUACUUGUGUAUGUAGAUCUGGAUUUGAUUUUGUUCUAUUUUUUCUUUUUUCUUUUUUUAUUUUUUGAGAUAGAGAUACAGUGUUGAUUUGUGUAUGUUUAAUACAGUGGUAAGUUUGGUGAACAUGUAAGUGCCACGGGGAGAGUUCCCUCCACACAACAACAGGGUAAAAGAGGAGCUGCUCUUGGGGAUUGGAAAACUCGAGCAGGAGGAGUAGAAGUCUUGAGGAUGUAUCACAUAACUGCGGAUUGAACAAGCAGAUUUCUGUCAGCACCUCAUAGCGUCAGGGGAAUUCUUAGUUUGCAUUUUAUCAUAAAAAGGGAAUCCCCUGUUUCCUUUUUUAUGACCAAAUAUAUGGUUAAAUGUUGUUUCGGGGACCAUUUUCCCCGUAUUGAAUUCCCCACGCAACUCAAUGUACGUAACAUGCGAGUACAGUUGAACCUGAACAUGGUGCAUCCCCAGAGUUUCACAUUUUUUCUUUUUCUUUUUUUUUUCUCUUUUUCUAACCAUGGUAGGCUGCUCAGAAUCUGUAAGUUUUUAACUCUUCGUUGUGGUUCUUAAAAUACUGGAACUUGAAAACCAUAUGUCAAAGGAAAUCUACCCCAAAACAGAUGGAUCCUUCUUUUGGUUAAGAUUUCCUCAAGGUUGGUAACACAGUAACAACGCCUGCAAUAUACAACUUAUGGUACACUAUCACCAGCAAGCUUUACAGGAUAUCAUGUUAGCAGACGUUUUUGAAGUUUUUUUUUUUUUGUGUAACUGUUGCCAUUACAAAUCCUGUCUGUAAAAACAUUUAUUCAUAGAAAUCACUAGGCCGUCUCCCAUGCAAAGGCUUUCAAGUCUUCUUUUUUUAUUAUUUUAUAUAUAUAUAUAUAUAUAAUUUUUGUUUUUUUGUGUUUUUUUUAGGACAGGGAUUGUAAUGGAAUCAACUUAAUGUAGUUCUUACAAAAAGGAGUGUCCACAAUGGAUGUACACCAUAAUCUACCUAAAAAUACCUACCUCUUAGCUCAGAUUUUGCUUUAGCAUUAAGCAUUUGCCUCUGUUUUUACUUUUGUAAUAUUUGUAUUCAUGUUGGUAUUUAUUGCUGUCUAAUGAGUCAUACUUCAAUGAUUACCUCAGAGAUAUCUCACAGAUUUGGGAGAGUCCAGCUAAUGAAGUCAUUCAUAGUUUUGGGUUUGGUUUUCUUUUUUUGUUUUGUUUUGUUUUUUUGUUUUUUGUAAAGUUUUUUUUUUUUUCCACAGACUUAGCAUUGCCUUUUUUAAUGCACAAAAUACCAGGAGUGUUUUUAAUAUACUGCCUGCACUCUGACCAGUAGUCUCAUACUGGCUAGGGUGAGGCUUCAUUUACUCCCAAAAAAUGGCCAAACAACAACAACAAAACAUAUCCUUUUCUGCAUUUUUGUCCUUUUGCUCUGUCCUUUUGGGGAUGUCCUGGUAAUUUUCAGCAACAGAUACAGUUAAUCUUGUUGCCGUGUUGCUGAUAUCCUCCUUAUCUGUGUAGUUCUAAAGGGCAAACUACAGGGGAGGGCUUUGGGGAGUGAAGCUGUUGUAAAGGAGGAACAACCUCAAAGACUUUGUGACAGUAGGAGAAAUGAGAGGUGGGUGUUUUUGCGCUCUGCCUGGUACUGUUCGCAUUGGUCUUUGCUCUGUAGUACGCCAUCCUUGCCUUGUCCCUCUUAUUCGCCAUGCCCUCUCUUGUGUCUUCACCUCUCCUUCUGUCCUAAAGUCUGCUCCCGCACUUUCAUCAUUCCCUGCUGAAGUUUGGUCUAACAAGGGGAAUUAGAAGUGAAAUCCUCAGUAUCCACAUAAUGCUGCUUUUUAUCUCGAGCGUCGCCAGGCCGUGUGCCAUUGAAACAUAAUGCAGGCAUCGUCCAAAAUGUCAGCCCCAACGCCCUCUACCUGGUGGCGUGACAAGCCUCAUUGUAAGACCCUGUCUUUUGAAAUGUGCGCGACUUAAUGGCGCUUAUUAUGAGAAAGAAAUUCCUUUCAGAUGCUAGUAUCAUAUUAUUAAUGGAGCAACUACUCACUUUGGUGAAUUUAAUUAUUUUUUUCUCUUUUUUUUGUAUUCAUGUCAAACUGCUUCAGGUAAACACUGAAUGAAAUAAGAGAGUUUUUAUUGAUCAGUGAGUACUGAGGAACAAUGUCGCCAUGGUCACACCUACCCUGAGCUGUGUGCCAUAAUAUGACCCUUUUAAUGCAGGGGAGGGUGUUAAAGAAGCUGGCUUCAGAUGUUCCCCAGCUUAAUCUGAGUGGGAAGGUUGUCUGAGUGUGAGAUUGGCCUCGUAGUACUCAGACGGCCUUGUGUAGCGACCUUUUUUAUAAGGAGUAAUUUCGAAUUUGGCAUUGAAUUUUCACCCUGCAUUGUGAACCCAAAAUCAUGCCACAUUUAAUUAAAAUGCCUGACCCAACAAAAGCACUUAAUGUAUUGUUUGUAACACAUGCAUAUUGAUGAAUCUACUUGCCAUAAACUGCCUGUGUAGGUCAGCAUGAUAUGGCUCCACUUAUCAAAAAGUCACUUAAAUUCUAAUGUAAUGGCAAUUUAUCUUUUGUCUAAUUUUUUUUUUCAAAGAUCUUUUUUCUAUUAUAAAUUGGUGUUUAUUAUUUUUGUCAGAUGUUUUGCAAAUCAAAAAUAAACUGUUGUACA